GAGCUCGCAGACAUUGCCCCUGUGCUGGACGUCGAGGACAUGGUUCGCAUGAAGGUGCCAGACUGGAAGUGCGUUUUCACGCAGAUCCAAUUCUACUAUCGCAAACUCAACUCCCCUGCUGGACCCCACCCCCAUGCCCCGCCGGCCGCCGAUUCUGCUCAGCUCGGCGACGGGCCCUCCGCCUAA